AUUCACGUUGGAGGUUGUCCUAGAGAGUCGCGCAACAUUGACGCAGUCGAACGAACGCCGAUACAAAUAAAUAAAUUUUAUACUCGUAUAUUCGUUUUUAGAUUGCGAAACGUGAUUGCCGGUGGUGUGCGAAACCGAUAAAAGUGCUAUUUAAUUAUUCAUUUCUGGGAUUAUUUUUAACAUUCAUGGGGAUUUUAUUUUUAACAAUGUGAAAAGUUGUGGGGCAAAUUGGUCACUUUGUUGAAAAACUUCAAUUAUGACUGAUGGAGAAUAUAUUCUUCCCAGGGUCCAAAACUCAAACGGAUUUCCGAACGUUGCUAUAAUCGAUAUCGACAUGUCCCAACAAGAUAAACAAACCCCCACUCAAUUAGUGGCCAAAGUGCGAAAAUCCUUUAAUACUGGUAAAACUAGGGCUUACGACUAUAGGGUGGGACAACUAAAGGCUUUAAAAUCCUUUUUAAAGGACCACUCUCAAGGUAUAUGUGAUGCUUUACAUGCGGACCUUAGGAAACCCCAGCAAGAAUCUUUGGUGUACGAAAUCGACCUUCUAGUACAAAAUAUUAAUUAUAUUUUGAAACAUUUAAAAACGUGGAUGAAACCUGAAGCACCGGAUAAGCCUUUGAUGAAUUUUUUUGAUUCUAUACAGAUUUACUCGGAUCCUUUUGGGGUUGUUUUGAUAAUGGGAGCAUGGAAUUAUCCAGUGGUUUUGACAUUACAGCCUCUUAUAGGAGCAAUUGCAGCAGGCAACUGUUGCAUUAUCAAACCAUCAGACCUUUCUGUUCACACAUCACAGCUAAUGUAUGAUCUUUUGCCUAAAUAUUUGGAUAAGGACUGCUAUGCUGUUUUCUUGGGGGGUAUCCCGGAAACUACUGAUCUUUUAAAAGAAAGGUUCGACUAUAUAUUUUUUACGGGAUCCACACAGGUUGGUAGGAUAAUAUACAAAGCUGCGACGAAUUUUUUAACGCCUUGCACGUUAGAACUAGGAGGAAAAAGUCCAACUUAUAUUGACUCAACUGCUAAUGUGGAAAUAGCAACGAAAAGAAUCUUAUGGGGUAAAUUUAUAAAUGCUGGACAAACUUGUGUAGCUCCAGACUACUUACUUUGCACUAAGGAAAUUCAAGAGCAAGUCAUUAGUUAUGCAGAUAAAUUCAUUAAAGAUUUUUUUGGAAAUAACAUUAAAGAGUCUAAGGAUUAUGCCAGAAUAUUAAACGAAAGAAACUUUAUGAGAGUUUGCAACUUGCUAAAGAACCAAAAAAUUGCCCUAGGUGGCAACGUAGACGCCCAAGAUCUUUACAUUUCGCCCACUAUUUUGAUCGAUGUGAAACCUGAAGAUGACAUAAUGCAAGAGGAAAUUUUCGGACCAAUUUUUCCUAUUAUUAAUGUGCGAGAUGCCAAUGAGGCGAUCCAAUUUAUAAACAAAAGAGAGAAGCCCUUGGCCUUAUAUGUAUUUACCAAAAACAAAAAAAUUAAAGAUUUAUUUCUGACAAACACCUCCAGUGGCGGUGUUUGUUUGAAUGAUACCGUGAUGCAAUUGACAGUGGAAACUCUACCAUUUGGUGGAGUUGGUGCCAGCGGUAUGGGGAAUUACCAUGGUAAAAAGAGUUUUGAUACUUUUGUUCAUAAAAAGAGUGUUUUGCAAAGGAAUUACAAUAUUAUCGGAGAGAAGUUGCAAGAGUUACGUUACGCACCGUUCACUCCUAAGAGAAUGAAAAUGUUAAGAAUGGCAUUAAUCACUUUUAACAGAAGCAUUCCAUUCAAACAACUGGCUCUUUAUGGGUUGGUAUUUGGGUUGGGGGUGGGAGUAACCAUUGGAGGUUAUUUCCUUAAUAAGCAUUUUAUGGAGGAAAAUUAACACAAUCUUUUUUAAGAUGUUUAUUUUAUUGUUUUUUUUAAUUGUUUUUGAGUUAGGUAAAAAUACUAUUGUGUUCAUUUAAAUGAACUGUAGAUUUUAUGUUGUUGUGAUAUUAGAAUGUAGAAUAUUAAGAUUAUUUGGUGAAAGAUGUAAUAAAAGUUCUGAUAAAAUCUG